GUUCGCUUGCAGUCCCGCUGACGGCUCCCUACCAUAAUAAUCUUGCUUCGCUUUCGCCACGCUGCGACCCAACGCCAGUCAACAGUCCACGUUAUCACUGUGCGGCUACGUAAACACUUCAUUUGUGCAUAAUUUUUGAGAAAAUCAACCAGAUUUACCUGCUAAACAACGUUAUAUUCGAGUUACAAUGAGCAAAUUAAGAUCCGGAGUGAAAUAGAGACGGGAAGAGGCAAGACGAACGUUUUAUUUUAGAACGGUGGACUAAAGAUACGAAACUGUAUAAUUACUGUGUUACGUUUCCUGUGCGAUGUUGGGGGAGAGUUUUGGUUAAAAAGUUGACAUUAGACGUUUAUUGGGACUUAUUGCGAAUGUGUAUUGAAACGUUCAUCGCUAUUCACGGGCGCACUGCUAUGCGCCACGAUUUGGUGCAUUUUAUAAGACAUACCUCUUCCGAUCACUACUGCGAAGGAAGAAUUUAGUCAACGGUUCAGAUCGCUAUUGAUGGCGUUACUAAGCAUCCAGGGGGACUGGUAUUUAUACAUUUGGUUAAUAUACUGCAAAAUCUAUUCAGCUAUUAUAUGGUUGUUCAGCAAUCACUGCCGCGGGACUGAUAAGGCUCGCUCAGUGAUAACGAGUGGAGUUGGCGGACAGUCGCCUGGAGGGCUUCAUAGAGUGCGCACGCGUCGACGAAGAGCGCCACAGCAGCACCGCGUCAAACACAUCGUUGCUUUAGCAAGGAGACCUUCUCUUAGAAGAAUCGUAAUGGCACCAGGAGCAAGCACCGCCCACACCAUGAUGGAGGACAAAGAGAAAAUUCUUAACGGAGCUUUGGCAACUGCAUCCAUGCGCUCACGCCGCAUCAGUCAGUUUGCACCACUUCUCAUCGCGCUGGUUGGUCUACCAGCUCGCGGCAAGAGCCAACUUGCCCACAGACUCGCCAGACAUUUGAACUGGAAUGGAGAGAGCACAAAAGUGUUCGACUGCAGCGAGUACCGUCGUCGUCACAUGGCGUUGUAUGGCAGCCAUGACAUUUUCCGUGCUGACAACGCCCAGGGUUCUGCAAUCCGUCGCCAGAGCGCUCGUGAGGCUGUCCAAGAUGCUGUCCUUUGGCUCAAGGACGGAAACAGUGUCGCUAUCUUUGACGGCACCAACAUCACGAGGGAGCAACGCCGUGAAUUGAGCGAAUACUGCCUCUCUGAUAUGGGAUUCAGGAUCCUAUUCAUAGAAUGCGUAUGCGAGGACCAAGAAUUGCUCGAGAGGAACAUUAUUGAAAUCCUCCACUACUCCGCUGACUACAAGUCCAUGAGCGAAGAAGAAGCUGUAGAUGAUUUGAGAAAGAAAUUGGAACAUUACAUGAGGCAGUACGAGCCUAUUGACGCUGAGUUGGAGACAAUUAGUUUUGUUCGCGUGGAGAAUGUUGGGGAGACGGUGACAGCUCACAGGGUUGCUGGACAGAAGGAGUCUGGUAUCCUUGGAUACUUGUCUGGAAUGAGGGGCUUGCCGCAGACCUUAUACUUUACUAGGCAUGGGGAAAGUGAGUACAACGUGCUGGGUCGUAUUGGAGGUGACGCAUCCUUGUCACCUCGCGGUCUUCUCUACGCACAAGCACUGGCUGACCACAUGAACGCUUUGCCGUGCCGCGACCACAUGACUGUGUGGACAUCCGAAAGAUGGCGCACCAAGCAGACUGCGGCCCAUAUCAGAGCUCCGAAAAGAGUCGUCAGGGCACUCAACGAGUUGGAUGCUGGUAUCUGCGAAGGCUUGACAUAUGAAGAAAUGCAGGAGCGUUUCCCCCAGGAGUUUGCUUGGCGUGAUCAGGACAAGCUUCGAUACCGCUACCCUUGGGGAGAAUCUUACAUUGACAUUAUGACGCGUCUCCGACCAGCUCUGUCUGCGUUGGAAGAUGAGCACAAUGUUGUUGUAGUUGGACAUCAAGCAGUGCUUCGCUGCAUGCUUGGAUAUUUCCUGGACGCUAAGCUUGAUGAGCUGCCGUACAUGAACGUCCCGCUCCACACGAUCGUGAAGCUGACGUCCUAUGGCUACAAGUACAAGGUGGAGAUGAUCAAGCUGCCCGUGGACUGCGUUGAUACUCACCGCCAGCAGCCCAAGAACUGCUCAAUAAACAGGACAUCGGCCGAUGCGUUGGUCACGGUACCGUCCCACUACGACACUCUCCCGUCGAACCUUUGGCAAAACCCAACUGAGGCGCAACUUUAGGCGCCACGCCAGGGCUAGCGAUUAUCGCCGCCCUUUCCUACCGUAGCAGCAUUAAAUGGGCACUAAAGCCCCCGGACCAAAGGUCUAACAGUCCACGGACUUGAAAAACCAUGGACGAGGAGAGCACGCCACGCCAAGAUGUUUCGGGAGUCAUCUAGCGAUCUCUAAAAUGAAAGACUGGUGUGAGUGACCCUUCACCGAUGUUUGAAUUUAUACGUAUGCACGCCGUACAAUAGCCAAUUAUAAUUUUAAGUGUAGACUAAAUCAAUUAUAUUUUAUUUUUAAACCAGUGUUGCCAGACACGUCAAUCGAUCUGUAAAGCUCAAUUGAAUUCGUACAAAAUAAGAUUAUUUUAACAAAAAAGUGAUGAAGCACGCUGUGUGAAUCUUCCAACGUUAUAAUAUAAGACUGAAAGUGUGAACUCUUUAACAAUCACUUCAUCAUAAGUUACAUAAUAGAUAGUUAUGUUUUAUUUUCUGUUCUUAAAAGUAGGUACGAAUUACGAAAUAGCUCCCUGUUAUUUUUAAUGUUGCCCCUUUAUUCAUAAGCUUAACGCGCAAGAUGGAAGCUUUGUAGAUGCCUAAGACAUAUCUCUCUCACUCAUAUACUACUGACUAGAAUGAGACAGCAGUUAUUUGCGUGGAAUUGUAGUUUAUGAAUAAAGGUAAUAGUACUAAACUUUUUAGAGCGUAAAAUAGCCAAG